AUGGAGCCCUCUGGUGGUCACGCGCUCGGCGCGAAGAACUACGUCCUGCGUGAUACUCAGCAGCAACUCACCAAAUAUCUUGAAAUGUCUACUAUAUCACUUCGUUCUAUACUUGCUGAUGGAAAGUUGGUUGGAUCCAACUUUGAUGAACAGGCAACCAAUGCUUAUAAAAAGUACUUGGAAGACUACAUGAGCACCAAAUGCCUCCUUUUGGCAUCUAUGAGUUCUGAACUUCAGAGGCAACAUGAGGACAUGGACCAAGUUGACAUUAUUAAUCAUCUUAAGAAGAUGUAUGGUGGACAAAGUAGAACUGCUAGAUUCCAGUUGUCUAAAACUUUGUUUAGGUCCACAUUGACUGCUAAUGCUGAAGUAGGACCCCAUGUUCUAAAGAUGAUUAGUCUUAUAGAACAGCUUGAGAAGUCGGGGUGCAAACUUGGAAAAGAGUUAUCCCAAGACUUGAUCUUACAGUCACUCCCUGGGACGUUCUCACAAUUCAUUGUUAACUUUAACAUGAACAAAAUGGAUUGUGAUUUGCAUGAGAUGCUGAACUUAUUAAUUGAUUAUGAGAAUCAAAUUGCUUCUGAAAAAUCCAAAGGAACUGUGAUGGUAGUUGGUAAAUCCAACAGCAAAAAGGGUAAAGGGACACUGGAAGAGGAAUUGCAAGAAGUAUCUUGA